AUGUCAAGAACGGCCAAGAAGUCUCUGAAAACACUAUUUCAAAUGGCCAACAAGAUGACUGAGCCUUAUGGAAGCUCGUUGCCAUGGGCAGAGCCAGCAUGGUACACUGGACGACCAUCAGCGUACUACAAGGACAGCCACCGCAGACUUCGUGAUGCUGUUCGCACAUGGUGUGAAGAAAAUAUAGCUCCUCACACUCAAGACUGGCUCGAUGCUGGCGCCGUCGAUCCGGCCAUCUACAACAAGUGCGCUUCAGCCGGCCUGCUUGUCCCCAUCGCUUUUGGCAAAUCCAUUCCCUCACAAUGGUCUUCCUACCCCAUCAUUGGUGAUAUCCCCGCGACGGAAUGGGAUGGCUUCCACGACUUCAUACUCUGGGACGAACUUAUUCGAUCUGGAGGCCUUGCUUCGCUCUUCAUAGGUCUCGUCGUCGGCGCACCGCCGCUGCUAAAGUUUGCUUCGCAACAACUACAAGACAAAAUCUUCCCUGAGAUCUUGUCAGGCGAGAAGCGAAUCUGUCUCGCAGUCACCGAGCCAGACGCUGGAAGCGACGUGCGCAAUAUCAAGACUACUGCCGAGAAAACACCAGACGGUAAACACUACAUCAUCAAUGGUGAAAAGAAGUGGAUCACAAAUGGCAUGUUCAGCGACUACUUCAUGACUGCUGUACGAACGGGGCCUCCCAAUUCCGGCGCUGCCGGUAUUUCUAUGAUCCUCAUCCCGCGCGCUGAGGGCCUACGUACACGCAAACUCGACGUCAUUGCUGGCCCACUGUCAGCUACUACCUAUGUGACAUUCGAAGAUGUCAAGGUACCCGCUGAAUACCUGAUUGGCAAAGAGGGGGAAGGAUUCAAACAGACAAUGGUCAACUUCAACCACGAGCGUCUCUGGAUCGCGUUCCAAGCCAUUCGUGGCUGUCGAAUCGCGAUACAAGAUGCCUUUGCAUGGGCCAUCAAGCGCGAAGCCUUCGACAAGACACUCAUCGAACAACCCGUUGUACGCAACAAAUUUGGAAACAUGGGUCGCAUGAUUGAGUCGCUCCAAUCGUGGACAGAGCAGAUCAUUUACGAACUCGAGAACCUUUCCGAUGCGGAUGGUGCGCGGUUGCUUGGUGGCACAACGGCGCUUUUGAAGGUUGAGAGUGGCAUUGUGUGCAAGUAUGUUGCGGAAGAAUGCCUGAAGAUCAUGGGUGGAUUGGGUCUCACAAAGACGGGACAAGGUGCGAGGAUCGAGAGUUUCUACCGCGCUGUACCGUCCUUUGUCGUGCCGGGUGGUUCGGAGGACGUCCUGAUCGACUUGGGUGUACGAGAAGCGCUGAAGUUGCAUAAGCAGGCUGAGAAGGCUAAGAAGGCGAAGUUGUAA